CUCGCCCACACACCAUGAAACAGCUCGCCAUGAAGAAGAAGACCACCACUAACGUGAGCCAUCUCAGGUGCGCGCUCAGCCUCCUCCCUCCUCUCCUGCUCGCUGUCAUCGUCUACCUCCAGUUCCAAACCCUCGGCCUCUUCUCCUCGAUUUCCCGAAUCGUUAGUCAGCCUGCUGCCGUCGACGACUUCAUCGGCCGCCUCCGCGCGUCGGCCACCUUCCUCCCGCUCAAGGACACGCGCGAGCGCUCCCAAACAUGGUUCAUCAGCACCCUCGACGACGUCUCCGAGCCGGAGGGCGAGGCCAAGAACCUGUUCUUCCCUUCCGCGGCGUCCUACGGCCGGAUCCUCUGCUUGGCGGCGCCUUCCCACCACGACGGCACCGAGAACGCCUACGCGCUCGCGUGGCGCGACGCGCUCCCCAACGGCGCUGCGCUCCGGCCCGGGCUCGCGUUCGUGUCCGAGACAGCCUACGACCACAGCAACAUUUGGCACGGGCUCACGGCGCUCGUCCCGUUCGCGUCGUGGUACGCCAGGAGCGGUUGCAGGGCGCGGCCGUCGAGAUGGGCGCUGUUCCACCACGGCGAGGUGAGGAUGGGGAUGAGCGGGUGGCUGACGACGCUGGCCGAGGCUGCGACGGGCGUGAACAUGACCGUCGAGACGUUUGACACGCCCGGACCGGUGUGCUUCGAGGAGGCGGUGGUGUUCAGGAGGAACCUGGAAGGCCUGAGCAGGGAGCGGCUGCUCGGGGCGUUCGACUUCAUGAGGUGCAAGGCCAGGGCUUACUGCGGCGUGGACGUGUCGAAAGCCGGAGGCGGUGCCAGCACGUCGGCCCUGCGCGUCACGCUUCUUUUCCGCUCGGGCGGGAGGGCGUUCAAGGACGAGGCGGCCGUCACGCGCGUGUUCCAGAAGGAGUGCGCGCGCUUGGGCGGGUGCACGGUCGCCACCGCGCACUCGGACAGCAUGACGUUCUGUGACCAGGUGAGGUUGCUGAGCGCGACGGACGUGCUGAUCUCAGCGCACGGGGCGCAGAUGACGAACUUGCUGUUCAUGGAUAGGAGCAGCAGCAUCAUGGAGUUCUACCCCAUGGGGUGGAGGCAGAGGGCGGGGGGCGGCCAGUUCGUGUACCGGUGGAUGGCGGACCGGGCGGGGAUGCAGCACGAGGGCUCGUGGUGGGACCCCAACGGCGAGCCCUGCCCCCGCUCCCCGGACAUCCUCAGCUGCUACAAGAACCGGCAGAUCGGGCACAACGAGACCUACUUCUCGCAGUGGGCGGCGAGAGUCUUCCCCGCGGCCAAGGAGCGUAAGAUGCGUAAUGCCGGCGAGGUCUCGGCGGAAGAGCGGCGGCGACAAGCAGCGACCUGCAACUGCAGCUAGCUGGCUGCGUUGCAUGUUGUGAUCAAGCAGACGUCCGGCCUGUUAAUAUUGUUCUGUGGAACAGUUUCAUAUAUUUUUCGAUCUGACUAAAUUGAUUUGAAACUACGCCGCAAAUGAAGAUAUUGUUGCAAUGUAACAGAACAAAUAAGAGAAUAUAAGA